AUCCUGUUUGCUUAUUUCUCUUUUUAUUUUCAUUACUCUAAGAGGUGGAUGAAAAAAGAUCCUGCUGUAAUUUAUGUCAGAGUGUGUUCUGCCUAUAUUCUCCUUUGAGUUUUACAGGACCUGUCUUAUAUUUAGGUGUUUAGUCCAUUUUGAGUUUAUUUUUGUGUAUGAUGUUAGGGAGUGUUCUAAUUUCCUUCUUGUACAUGUAGCUGUUGAGUUUUCUCAGCACCACUUAUUGAAGGGGCUGUCUUUUCUCCUUUGUAUAGUCUUGCCUCCUUUAUCCUAGAUUAAUUGACCACAGGUACGUAGGUUUCUCUCUGGACUUUCUGUCUUGUUCCAUUGAUCAUUCAAUAUAUUUCUGUUUUUGUGCUAGUACUGUAUUUUGAUUACUGAAGCUUGCCAGAGUCUGCAGUCAGGGCACCUGAUUCUGUCGGCUCUUGCUUUUCUUUCUCAAGAUUGCUUUGUCUAUUUGGGGUCUUUUGUUUCCAUACACACUGUAAAAUUUUUUGUUCUAGUUGUGUGAAAAAUGCCAUUGGUAAUUUGAUAGAAAUUGCACUGAAUCUGUAGAUUGCUUUGGAUACUAUAGUUACUUUGACAGUUACACAGUUAUAAUGUCACUUUCAUUUCUGUAUUUCAGUUUCCUCUCUUUCCUUCUUAGUUUAGGUAAGGGUUUAUUGAUAUUGUUUAUUUCUUUCAGGAAAUGAACUUACAGUUCUUGCAUAUGAGCACUGGGCUGGCACGCCAGGCCUCUGUGCGCAUGGGCAGUGUGUUUAGAGGUGUUGCUUAGCAACGAUCAUUCUGGGAUAAAGAUUCCAAAUCGUUGAGCUUCCCAACUGGGAGGUUGUGGCGGGACAGCUCUGGCUUACCUGUAGUGCUCGUGUUGGGUUUAGGGGACUGUGAAGAGCCGACGGAGAGGUAAGGUGUGUUUGGAGUCCGUAGGCUCUGAGAUGAAGAAGAUUUUUGGCUUCGGGAGUAAGAAGGGCGAGUCGCCCUCUGGCUCCUCCAUCAACCCGGUGAGAGACAGCAGUCAUGGAAUCAACUUCCAGCCUGGGUACCGCAUCCGAGACAAAGACCUUAGAAAGAUCCACAAAGCUGCCAUUGUGGGCAACGUAGCCAAAGUGCAGCAUGUUGUGUUGUUUGGAGAAAAUGGCCUGAAUGACAAGGACAAGAUGAACAGGACUGCGCUCCACUUGGCCUGUGCCAAUGGCCAUUCAGCGGUGGUCACUCUGCUCCUGGAGAGAAAAUGCCUGCUUAACCUCUGUGACAAUGAAAACAGGACCGCGCUGAUGAAGGCCGUAGAAUGCCAAGAAGAGGAGUGUGCGACUCUUCUGCUGGAGCAUGGUGCCGACCCAAAUGUCAUGGACGUCAGUGGGAACACCGCUCUCCACUAUGCUGUCUUUUGCCAGAAUAUAUCACUCACAGCAAAGCUGCUUUCCUACGACGCCAAUAUAGAAGCCAGGAACAAGGAUGACCUGACACCACUGUUACUUGCGAUAUGUGAAAGGAGUGGGGUAAUGGUGGAGUUUCUAGUGACGAAAAAAGCAAAUAUACAUGCGGUUGAUAAGAUGAAAAGAACAGCCCUCAUGCUUGCUGUCAAGUAUGAAUUACCAGAUGUAGUCAGACUUCUUCUUCAGCAAGGUGCUGACAUCGUUUCUCAAGAUGUUUUUGGAUGGACUGCAGAAGAAUAUGCUGUUAUUAGUGGUUUUAAUAUCUUUCGCCAACUGAUUUCUGAAUAUAAAGAAAAGAGAUCUAAAACUUCUCCUGAAAAUAGCAACCCAGUGGAUGAGAGUUCUGAAGAGCACUCUUCAAGGAGGUUUCCCAACAAACCUGGCGUUGAUUUAGGGCAUACAUCAAACGAUGAAGUCUUAGGUUUUAAAACUGAGCAUGUCCUGAAACCAAAGUUAAUGAAGCUAAUGAAGGCUUCUCAGCAAUCCAAGAGAAACAAAGCAAAAUGUGGCAUUUUGAGACCAGAGAGUAUAGCUUUUUCUCAGGACAAUAAUUCUGGUAGUAAUGUUGAAGAUGUGGUUGAAACAUUUCCCAAACCAUCACCCUGGUUUGAGGGCAUCUGUCAUCCUGCCUUCCCAUUGCCUGAGCUUGUUCCAAAACUUCUCAAGUCUGUAGCAGGCCUUGGUCGUACAAAGCAGAGUGUCUCUGAGAGCCUUCCACGGAAGUAUGUGGAUCAUUUACCUGGAACUGCUGGUCAAAGAGGAAAAAAGACAUUAAAUGGACAAGUGGAAGAUUCUCCUGGGAAAUAUCCUAACGUGAAGCCAGCAGUCAGAAUGAAAGAGUCUGUUCCUAAUAAAACAGUCAGGAUGAAGGAUUUCCAAACAUCCAGUUCAGAUCUGUCAAGAGAACUAGACUUGAAACUGAUAACAGAGGAAGAACAAGAAAAACUUGAUGAAGAUGAGAAUGACCAUGCACAGAAUGCUGAUUUGAAGAAUAAAGCAAUACAGGACUGGUUCCAGAAGCCACUGCAUGCGGAUAAUUGCAGUGCCAGUGACAGUAAAACCAUGGAACCCGAAUUAGAAAAUGGGAAUUCUUCUCCACCUAAUAGUCAUGGCGCAUCUGAAAUGUAUGUUGAAGAAAAGAAGCACAAAAGCAGUGAAGUGGAAGUAUCAGAGAACGUAUGCGAUGCUGCUGAUGAGAGUGGAUUGUUUCUGCAGAGAAAGCAUGGAGGAAACAGCAACCAGGAGUUUCCUGCUAUGCAGAAUGAGGGCUCUGAUAGUCUGAGGACUUCUCUCAGCAUUUCUCAUGAGGCGGGACUAGUGGUGAUGAACUCCAUCAGCGAUUCUGGUGUGCACAGGGAGGGAGUGAAGGAAAAGCACGCUGACACAUGGAUGCUGGAAGAACGUGCGAUUGCACCGAUACUUGAAAAGACCGAGUCACUGACCGGUGGCCUGCUGCACGCGAAUGGUGAUGGCAUUUUAAGGGAAGUGGAUCAGGGUGAUGGCAGGCCUGCAAGGAAAACACCGUAUGAAAAGAAGAAGGUCAAAGAACAAAUUAAUUACGAGAAUGACCUGGAUGACUUAACUCAGUCAUCCAAGACUGUUUCUGAGGAUGGCGACGGGCUUUACUCUACAAGUUCCAGGUUGGAAAUAGAACCUCUCGACGUGGGGCGUAAAGAUUCUGUUAGCUUGUUGAAAAUUCAAGAUACGAUUCUUCCGCAUGAAAGAUUAGUAGGUUUUCAAAGAAGCCAUUGUGAACUACUUAGAGGAGAAUUUUACAAAAUGAAAAGUAAGGUUCGUGGGCUACAGAAAGAGCUGUCAGAAACAAGAGAAAUGAAAUCACAGUUAGAGCAUCAGAAAGUGGAGUGGGAACGCAAGCUCGGCAGCUUGAGAUUCACCUUAAAGCAAGAAGACGAGAAUAGAAGAAAUGCCGAUAUGUUAUGUGAAAAAAUGAGGGAGCAUUUAAGAAGAAAAGAAGACGAAUGUAGUAAAGAAGUUGAAGUGAAACAGCAACUAGAACUCACUCUCCAAGCAGUAAAAGUGAAACUGAAGACUGAGAAAAAUAAUCUGAAUCAGGUUUCUGAUAGUUGUGAAAAAGCAAAAGACCUGUUGUGCAAAAACCACAUGCUGCAGGAGGAAAUUGCCAUGCUAAGACUGGAGAGAGACGCGCUAAAAAAUCAGCACAGGGAAAAUGAAGAGAACUAUUUUAAGGACAUUGAAAUUCUCAAAGUACAGAAUGAUGACCUUCAAAAGACAAUAAAUCUGGAUGAGGAAACGUUAACAAAGACUGUAUCCCACUAUACAGGCCAGCUUAAUGCUCUGACAGCUGAGAAUGCAAUGCUAAACUCUAAGCUGGAGAACGAAAAAGAAAGCAAACAAAGACUGGAAACGGAAGUGGAAUCCUACAGUUCUAGACUGGCUGCUGCCUUACACGAUCGUGAUCAAGGUCAGACAUCAAAAAGAGACCUGGAACUUGCCUUUCGGAGAGCAAGAGACGAGUGGUUACGCUUGCAGGACAAAAUGAAGUCCGAUGUGGCUAAUCUAAAAGAUAACAACGAGAUGCUUUCCCAGCAACUAUCUACAGUGGAAAGUAAAUUCAAUAAGCUGAAAAUCAAGCUGCAUCACACAAGAGAUGACCUUAGAGAAAAGACUUUGAUGUUAGAACAUGUCCAGAGAGACCUAAACCAAGCAGAGUGUCAAAAGCAGGACAUUGAACACGUGUAUCGGAACCAACAAGGCAAAGUGAAUACAUACCUUGGAAAGCAGGAAUCCUUAGAGAGAUUAUCUCAGCUCCAGAGUGAAAACAUGUUGCUCCGACAGCAACUGGACGACGUGCGAAACAGAGCCGACAGCAGAGAGAAAACAGUCAUCAGCAUCCAAGACCAGUUUCAGCAGAUCAUGAGAAAACUUCAGGCCGAACGUGAGAAACAAGGUGUGAUGCUGGAGGAACGAAACAAGGAGUUAGUCAAGGAACGUAAUCAUUUAAAAGAGAGAAUGUGUCAAUACGAAAAUGAGAAAGCAGAAGGAGAAGCAGUGGUGAGACAACUUCAACAAGAACUGGAUGACGCUGUAAAAAAGCAGUCUAUGUUGGAGGCUUCACUGAGGGUCAUGUCACGUUAUUGUCCUAAGUUAGAAGCUGAGGCACAGGAUUUGAAGAACAAUUGUAAACUGCACCCACGUCAAGUCACAAGUCAGUCUUCUUUUGGAAGGGAUUUAUUAACUUAGCCCUGCGAAGUCACUUCAGUCGUGUCCAACUCUGUGCGACCCCAUAGACGGCAGCCCACCAGGCUCCACCAUCCCUGGGAUUCUCCAGGCAAGAACACUGGAGUGGGUUGCCAUUUCCUUCUCCAAUGCGUGAAAGUACAGUAUCCCUCAAACUUCUUUAAAAUCCUGGGACAUUAAGAUGGGGGGAGGAGUAAGAGACAUUCUACUAAGAGGUAGACUUGUAGUCAUUUUAUGGAGGAAAGAUAGAAAAAUAUUAUUGAACAAUAAAAGAGUGUAAAACCAAGUGCAAUUGUUGUGUGACAAAGAUGACAGUGAAGAACAUAUUUUGUGACUCUUGGUGGUAUGAACAUCUUUCUUGAUUCUCUGAGUAAUCCCUGGUCCUACAUUCGACAAUACAGAUACCAUCGUAUUUAUUUGAUCCUGGGUUUGAGUUAGGCUGUGCUCAGUCCACUUUCUUCACUAGCAAACAGUAUCUUUAUAUUCUUGAAGACUGAUGAUUUUCCAGCAGAGCUGGAAACUGCAUCUUCAAAAGGUCUGCACCUGGAUGCAAAAAAUCAAGUUUUUCAACAGGAGUUAUUAUCUAUGAAACUAAUGAAAAGAAAUGUAAAAAACUAGAGAGAAGAAAAAGAAGUUGGAGCAAGAAGUAGUGACCCUCAGAAGUCAUAUAGAAAUGAAUAUGAUAGAACAUGGUCAAGUAGAGCAAUAUCAACAGGAGAGGGAAGAAAGAGCGAGACAGGAUCUCGUAGAGGAAUUAAGAGAAGUCAACAUGUUUUUGCAGAUUAAUUUGUUGGUCUGUCACGUGCUUGAGUUCACUCUCACUGCACAGUACAUUUUGGAUGUAUACAGCGUAGGUGUUUCCUCUGCCUCCCUUAGAGCAGUUAGUUUUGUAGAUUUCUGGAAGGAAGGGGGGCGCUUGUUUUCCCUUUAAAUAUUUCAGUUUCCAUCACAGUUAUCACUAAAUUGACCUUUCAGAAUGAUUCUCACUAAAGAAUCCUUUUACUUAUAAGACCAAUUGGUAAAAAACAAGACCAUUAGGAAGAAAAGAGAAUAUUGUGGUUUAGAACUGGUACCAUCCUCUUGAAUUAUUAUCUUGUUCAAUUUUUAAAAUUUUAAGUUGAUCCUCUUAUUCUUUGAAUUAUCAGAUUAUAUAAGUACUACUAUAACAGUGAUUCCACUUUAAUUUUAUAAUUCAGAUUUAAUUCACUUCACAUUAACAAUAAUUGUUUUAAACUUCCGCUCUCUUUUUUUUUUUUUCACCUUUGAAAUCGCUCUCUGAAUCA